AUGAAGCACGGCGUCUGGUCCGAAGACGAGCACGACCGGUUCCUGUUUGCGAUCAAGAACAAUCCUCAUGGUCCAUGGGGCUGCAUCGCCGCAGCUGUCCGCACUCGCUCCAUCCGACAAGUGCAGACCCAUACACAGAAAUACUAUGAGAAGAUAAUGCGGCGAGUGCGUGGACUACGCAAAGACCGCAAUACUUGGGCACGUGUGGAGCACCGCAUUGACCACGACAUCCUGACUUUCUGCGACUUCAUGAAGAAUAUGGGCAGCAGCAAAGCCAUGGUGGGCGACGCCUAUACUCUCAUCAUUGACAAUCACUUGACUGUAUCACCUCCGUCCAGCAACAGCUCCAGCCUCUGCAACAAUCCCAAGCAAUUCCAUCUUAACGUUGACGUAAGCAGCUUCAUACCGGAGAAGGAACCCGAAGCUGUCGGCAGUCCCAGCAAUGCACCACAGCUGGACUUACCACCACUGGACGAGGCACUCGACUUUCUGAUUCAUGUCAUGGAACAGCGACUCCAACACCCAAGCGUAGCCAGUCUCGUAUGGAGCUCAAACUACACCAGAGAGCAGCUACCCACCGUGCUAGUCAACACCACGCAUUUCCAAGACUUGUAA